GAAACAUAGGAACAGGGAACACUUUUCUCUCUUGACUGCUUUGUUUGGACGUUAGCACUCUUUCCACAUUUCAGCGAAAGCCCCAGUGUUGACAGCACUGGACAGGGGCUAACAACUUGUUUGCUUUUCUACUCACAGUUAGCUUUCUGUUUCUGUGAUCUACAAAUCCUGUUCCGUGUUUCCAUUUCAUUUUUUAUCUAAUUAUUGUUUCACUGUUUGAGCUCUGAGGAAGGCGUGACUACACAUCAGCAAUCCGUCCAAACUUAGUCGCAGUUCUCUCCAACUCAUGGGACUGUGAACUUGGACUCUCAUACGUAGACACCUGUUGGUGAGGAUUCCCCAGGAACACCAAGUCAUGGGCAUCUGCGUCACUGUUGCUUGAGGGAAUCUGUGGAUGUAUGCAGCUGUUUUCUGGUUGCUUCAGUGAAUGUUCAAGUAGAGCUUGACCUGCCUGUCCAGGGUAGAGAGAGGAGAUGUCAUCCUACUACCCACGCAGCAAGGAUCUCACUCGCAGCAGGAAGUCACUGUCAGAUUCCCCACCAUCCUCACCUUCCCCUACAGCCAAAAACUUCAGACAUGACAGAGUGUCAAGAUUGGACUCUGGUGGAGGCGAGAGCAUGGCAGACAAACCGUUAGGCCGCACCAGCUCUUAUACACGGAGGGAGACAAGACUGGCUGCGCUUAAUAAGCAGGAGGAAGACUCUGGUACCAAGGACUAUAAGAAGAUGUACCAGGACGCCUUGCAUGAGAACGAGAGGCUCAAGUCCAGGUUGCAGGACAGCAAGCAAGAGCUGGCCAAGAUACGGUCCCAGCUGGAGAAAGUCACUCAGAAACAAGACAGAAUAUCUGAGAGAUCCACUGUACUUGAAUCAGAGAAAAGGGAAAAACAGGCUCUUGAGAAAAGAGUAUCAGAUAUGGAGGAGGAGUUAAAGCAGGAAGCCCCAGUGCGGUUCCGCUGUGGGUACCAGCCCUGAGGGUAGGCUGUCUCGGGGGAGGGGGGAUGAUCUUAACAGAGCUCAAGUCAGACAACCAGAGGCUAAAGGAUGAGAACGGAGCUCUCAUUCGAGUCAUCAGCAAACUGUCCAAAUGAAAGAUGUCUGAGUCACAACCUGAGGCUCCUGCUCUGUGUCAGAGCGGAUGUUCCACCCCUGAUACAGCAGUAUAAAUAUCACUGAUGUCCUAAGUUGUAGCUACUUCCAGAGUCAUGGUGAGAGGGGCCAUUUUGCCCACUCCAGAAAUACAGUCUAUUAAUCCUCAUUGGUACUGUACUUAACCAAGACCCAAAGAGAGAUGUACAGAAAUGUAGUCAAAUUUCAAUAUGGGUGCAAUGGAGUUCCAGCUAUAUUGUUUGUAUUUGAUUAGUUAGUAUUUGUUGUUUUUCUCACAUGUGCAAAUUAGGGACCAGAAGUGCUUUUUUUAAUGGGACACCAAGGCCCAAGUUCAUACAGAUCCAGGUUUGCACAGAUACUUUAAUUUUGUAACAACACAUCACAUUAUAAUCACAUUUAUUUGUUUGUUGCUACAUUGUGCACUGCAGAAAAGCAUCUUCCUAUUGUCUCAGCUCUAGAGAGGAGGGGGAGAAACUGUCAGUUUUCUUUGCAAACUACUGAGAAAGUCAUGCACUUGAUAAAAGCAUUACCUUCCAAAUGGAACAGUUUCUAUGACUCAUAACUUGAUAAUUGCCACAUCGCUUCUGUUAAAAAUGUUUUUUGUGGGGUUGUGGCCUUCACAAAUUCUUUUUUUUUUUUUUUUUUUUUUUUUUUUUUUAAACACAGUAGCUUCCAACCCACAUCUUCCAAAUCUUAGAGUGGCUGCAGGGAGGAGACAUUGUAUGUAAAAGAGAAAAUCAAAUGUUAUGUUUUGUUAUAGAAAUAUAUUUUUUAUUUAUUUAUGCAUUUCUUAGUUUUAAUCUUUCUACUUUGUUGGUUCGCUUUUAUUUAAAGGGAUACACAAAGUUUUUGGAAGAGUGGCCUUUUGGUCAGCUUAAUCAAUCAGUGAUGAGAACACACACACACACCAAAAUCAUCCAUGAAUCCCUGUUAAUUCAUUCACUCCAGUGCUCAAUGUUAACACUAUAUUGUGUUUGUUCAGUGAUUAUAGACAACUAGAACAAUCCACAGUAAGUUAUAGUGAUAAAACGUUUUAUUACAAGUUCUGGUAGAUUUAGACUUUUUAAAAAAUGAAAUAUGAUAAACUCUACAGCCAUAGUUUUCUCUUUCUCUUGGACCUACCUCAGCUUGAUAUCUACAUGCUGUUCAGUGCAUUUUUAGCUGCAGGGUCUCCCUUUACCCAGCAAAGGGAACUGUUACUCCCUGAGUGACGGCUGGAAGGCAGCCUCCCGCUCCAGGGCUGCCAACAGCGACUCGUCCCACCCUUCAUGUCACCUUCCAGAAGCCAUGUGACACCGUGGCGAGGUCUUCUCCACGACCAGCUAUCCAGCCGUAUUCUCCACACUACAAUCUAAAUGUUGUCAUUUGUUUUAUGUUGGCGAAUGAACUUUUGCCAUGUUGAAAAACUUAGGACAAGAAUUGAUAGACUGUUGUCUAAAAACACGAACAUGUGGUGUAGUUAGCCACUUGGUAUUUGAUAGGUGGUGACUAAUGGAUUAUUAGCUUGCUGGGCAACUAAAUGUUUGGUAGUUUAAAUGAUAAAAAAAAAUGAACCUUUUCCAGUCUCUCCUGAGGGAAUAGACAAGUCAUUCUACACGUACAGCAGCAACAGAGAUCUCUCGACAGGGAAAGUAGACCCUGAUGGUUCAAAAUAUAAUCCUACUUUUGUAUCACAUUUCAUGAGUUUUUAUCACUCUCUUACAAAAAAAGAAACUGCCGGCUGCAUAAUUUUAAUGACACAGCACUUAGAUUUAGAGCUUCUACAAGUUCUUAUUUCCAAACUUUUGUGAAAAUGAAAACCACAGACAAUCACUCACCCACUGUAGGACACACUUAAGUGUGAGCACUGAGCGCCGUAGGAGGGAUCAACUGGGGACACAUGGAUGAUCUGGGUCUGUCGGCUCAUUACUUAUCUUAAAAUUUGGUGUGUUCCUUUUGCAAUGCAGUAGUUUCGGAGUCCAAUGAGGGCUGCAUGUUUCAACAUUGAUGUAAUCUUUUGAUUGCACCCAAUGAAAGAUUUUGAUGGAUCAUAACUUUAUAGGGCCCUGACAAAAAAAAAAAAAAAGGAUAUGUGCCUUCCUAAAA